AUAAAUAUGCGCCAACGGGCGGGACCCAGGACGCUUGCGUAGAAGGCCGGCACCCACCAGAUUCUUGAAUGCGGCGGGUUUUUGUUUUGGCCGGAGAGGCUUACCCGGGUUGCCUUCGCUGUGCGAGAUAAAGGAGACGGGUUCACGGAUUAAGUUAAAUUUCUCAUUUUCUUUAGAGGCUUGGAGGUAGAAGGUCUCAGUGUUAAGGGCCCCGAGCUUGGGAAUUAGGAUGUUGAGAGGUAGACCUGUCUUUGUGUCCACUGGUGUUAAGGAUGGUAGGGCUGCAAAAGUGAGCACUCACUCGUCUAAGAGCUACCCCCUCUCUUCUCUUUUUCCCCUUUUCUUCUCUCCCUAUUUAUCAUCUCCUCACUUAGUUGACUUGUUCUUAAGUGAACCGGAGCAAGGAAACCUUGAGAGCUCCGAAGUAAGCUUUGGCACGGACCUGUCACAGGAGAAAAUGGAAGUAGCCCUGAAGCUGCAGCCGAGUUCAGCCACCACAGACGACAACACCUUGAGAAGAUCCAACAGCGCCCCUUUGAUCAGUGGGCUUGGUGAUAAUUCACAGGUGUUCCAAGCUGACACAUUAGGAACUCGAAGAAACAGUGCAUUUCUGGCACAACACUGUCCGCUUGUGCUGUCUUCUCCCAGUCAAGCUUCUGUCAGUUGCCUUGAUCAAAACAAACAGGUGAAAUGGCAUUUGAACAGCAGUCAAAGGGAUUUUUCAAAGACACAACCAACGUGCUUUUUCUUCUGAUAAUACCCAACUGUCUGAUAGGAAUACGUGGAAACUGCCCUUGUAACUGGUGCUGAUUCUUUGCUUCGUAUAUUUUACAUUCGUUUGUAGACAAAGCAGAAUGCACAGAGAUCUCUUGAAUUCUGUUAUCAGUGAGUGGCAUUUUCUUUCCUUAGUCUAUCUUCAUAUGCUCUUGGUGGAAACAACAGCAAUGCAGGAUCUUCUCAUAAUUCACCAGCUACAAUCAGCACUGUCACAAACUCUCCUGUGUUGCUUUAUUCUAGAAGAUGAACUUUCAACUAAGCAAUUCACCUAUCCCAAGACUUUCUCACUAACGGUGAAACACACACACACUUGCUUGAUCUCUCUCUCUCUCUCUCUCUCUCACACACACACACACACACACACACACACACACAUAUGCUGGCGCAAUAACAGAAUUGUAUGCAUUAUCAUUUAAACUAUAUCCUAUUUACCUUUUUCUCUAAAUUUCCUAAAAUUCUGUUUAUCUACAGAGCUUGCAUGUCUAAUUGCUUUGUAUGCCCUUAAAAGCAAUGUAGUAGCACUUUCAAAGAUGUUUUCCAAAUAAGAACUAUGCUGAAGAUACAAUCAUACACAAUCAUACAUCUUCAAGCUGCUAAUGUAUAGAAAUAUACUGUACCUCGACUUUUAAAAAAAAAUUGAGAGCUCUAUGUAUGUGAAUAAAAAAAUAAAUUUAUACAUUCUAAUGAAAUAUAAUUAUUCCAUUAAUCAACAUGUAAAAGGAUUUUUCAAAUUAUAUACUGAAUAUCUGUGCUAGUUUUUAAUAUUUCCAGUAAUUGCUAGUUUCCACUUGGUAAGGAAAAAUCACCUAUCAAAAACAGUUUUUAAAAUCAAGCUAGUUAUACUGUACUGAUCCAAGAAUUGCCAGUUUUUCACAUGAAUCCUUAGAUGUUUAAUUUGUUGGGAAGGAAUAGGUAGGGGAAGCAAGAUGAAUGGAAGCUAAUUGAACAGCAAGAAAAUAAUAUGUAAUUGGAGCUUCACUGAAUUUGUACUUAACCUGAUUAUCCCUGAUCAAUUUUGUAUUCUAAUUAAGUGCAGAAAAAAGACAAUGUGGAUAAAUUGUGGUCUUUUAUAUUUCUGUGAAUUACCUUUUAUUCAUCAUCAUGACUACUGAUUUGAUUAAAUGCAUGCUUAAUAUGUUAGGGAUUUUCUGUAAGAAUCACGUGCUUCCAGUUGCUCCCUAAGGGCUAAAAGGUUUGUUUAAAACUCAAUUUUCUAUUCAAAAGUCUUAGAAUUUUUUUAAAUGAGAAAAAUUAUGUGUUAAAAAAUUUAAUGCUGUAAGUAAUUGGGGGUAGUAUUAGCAUUUUGAAAGAUAGAAAGGUAUCUUCAUGAAAUGAAGUUGAGAAUUGGUUUAAAUUUCCUCAGCUAAUGAAGGUAGGAAUGAUUAUCUAAAAUAUUUAUUAAAAGUUUUUCCUUGUCAUUAGAAAUAAUCAGAAUGGUGGAAAUCUGAUGUAGGUGUACCCUUCAUGGGAAAAAGUUGACACCAAGAUUUUUUUGGCAAUGGCCCUGAUGGAAUUGAUGAGAAUGGAUAUAUUUGGGGGAGAGGUUUAUUCACCUAUGAAUAAGUCAAACAAUAUUUAUGAGAUGAGCGGGAUCGUGUUAGUCUCCUGAAACUGGGGUAGGAGUCUACAAAUUGGCUGAAGACAAGUGAACUAUCAAUAUUGCUUUUGUUACUUGGCUUCUUUACUUGCUGGAAUUUAGUGAACCGAUUGUCAACAUACAAGGGGGCCCUCAUGGAAUGAGGUAUGGUUGCAGUGAUGUUCUUUGCUGAAAUUUAUAGAUCAUGCCCUAUUGACACUUCAGCAAAAAUAAACUUUUUCAGAAUGAUCAACUGCAAAGACUAAGGAUGGGGAGUUCCCAUUGUGGCUCGGUGAGUUAAUAACCUGACAUAGUGUCUGUGAGGAUGUCGGCUCGAUCCCU